GAAUUUCGGUAGUCAUGCGAAGGAAUUAGUAAUAUUUUUUUUUGAAUUAGUUUAAUGUUCUUGAUGGCUCCUACUUUUUAGGACUUAUUACCAAUUCUAGAAAAGACGAUUAAUAACUUUGGAUUUCCAAAGAAGUUUAUUGUGCAUGAUACGGUGUGGCUAUAUAUAGACGAGGAUUUGUUUACAAUGACGCCUAAUUUAUCCGAGGCACUAGUUAUCCUGGUGUUAUUUUAUGCUGUCACCGGAAUAGACGCUGCAACGUUCUUCACCCAUGACGGCGGCGCCACCUCUGUGACCAUUGGCGACGAUAUAUCGGAAAGGGUAACAUUGAGCCCAGCGAUAACUAUCAAAGGGACGCAGUUUACAGAAAUAUUUAUAUCAGAAAAUGGAAUGGUAACAACGGAAGAUGGAUUUUAUGGCGGUCUAAGUUUUCCUUAUGCUAAACCCUGGAUAGCACCGUUCGGCGCGGAUAUCAUACCAGCUGGAGGCACUAUGGAAUACCAACAAUUUACUAGCACUGAUACAGCUCAGAUGGAAUAUGCAACGCAACUAGUGAAUGAGGUGUAUAAAGAUGCCGCAUUUACAGCAGUUAAUGCGCUGGUGGUCACAUGGACCGAUGUAAAAAUUGAUAGUGGAAGCAAGGCAAAUACCUUCCAAUUGGCAUUAGUAUCUGACGCGUCAAGGCUUUAUGCUAUUUUCUUAUAUGAUAAACUCGAAUUUCUACCAGAAAAGAUUGGUGCAAGUGCAGGGGACGACGCGACAUUUUACACCGUCUGCUAUUCUGACAAACAAAGUCAUUUGCAGUUUCUGGACAGGAUGUCGAACUCACAGUGUGGUACAGGAGGUAUACUGGUAUUCCAGUUGGAUGGAAGUACAUGGAACGGAGCUGAAUAUGUCUGUAGUCACGUGUAUACGCCAGCAUGCAGAAACAGACCGGGGCCCCCAGAGGCAAAUUAUGACGUCAGAUGUCCAACAGCAUAACCUCAUUCAAUCUUUCAUUUAAAAAAACAUAAAUGAUAAUUGAUAUAGAUCUAUAUUAGGCCAUUUAUUAACCAAAGAAAAGACCGUUUGCUCAAUUA